AUGGCGAAUCCACUUGUGAACUUUGUCAUCCGCGGGUUCCAGUUCCUUUUCGCCAUUGUCAUUCUCGGACUGUCGGUGUCUUUGAUCCGUCAUCAUCACUGGGGAAACUUACCUGCUACACUCGGCUUCGCAGCAUUCGUAGCAGGUGUAUCGAUCUUGGGCGCUUUUGUAGGCAUAGCUGCGACUUGGGUAUCAAUGCUAGAUGGCGCUGUUGGGCUGAUCAUCGAUGGCGUUGUGGCGGUCAUCAAUGCUGCGGGAGGCAUCGCCAUGGCGGUAAAAUUAAAUGGCGUUCAGUGCAAAGUUGAGGGAAGCGAUGAUAACAGUCUAAAAAUGAUUGAAAACAACAUGCUCAACGGAGGGUGCUUAUCGAAAUCCAUCUGCUACUGGUACACUGAGCCAUUGAAGAUCCUCUCGCUCUGCAAAGUUAGCCAGGCGGAUACCGUUUUCAUGUUUCUCACCGUCUUUCUGCUUGCCGUAUCGGCCGUUUUCACGUUUCUGCGCAUGAGGAAGGGUUACUAG